AUGGCUUUUCGCCUUCCACCCCAAGUCCCAACCCGUCAGCGCUCCAUUUCCGCCUCCCAACCUCAGCCUACCGUCGAGGUCCCUCCGGCUCUCUCCCAAGUUCCUGAGACCGAGUCCACCGAAUGGGUUCUAUUCUCUCCGUCUCAAGCCUCCACUACUGCCCGGACGCACACGACCUCCACCGAACGCACCCCACGCACAGCUGGAGCUUCCCGCAUUAGUGACUUUGGCUCCUUUGGCACCCCAACGCGUUCCGCAUGGGGCCAGGAAACUGAUGCCAAUGAUACCCUGGACGAGUCAUUAGAUGAGGAUGGGACGGAAUUGGAUAGCCUGGAUGACGGGUUGCAUGCCUUUCGGGCACCGUCGCCUCAUCAUGAAUCGUCUUCCCGAUGGGAUCAAGGGACUCCCGCUGUGCUGCCGGCGCACGACGGUCUAGGAAGUUUCCACGCCUCCAGUCAACCGGUACAGGAACAACUAUGGCAGCACGAGCAGUACAAUCCUCGUCGGAGGCCAGAGCUGCGUCAUCGGCGAUCCUCCAGUAUCCAACAACAGCUGGACUCGAUCCCAAACGAGGAGCCCCCAAAUAUGGAGAGGGACCGCUGGCAGCGGAUCGAGAAAUGGAGAAUGGAUCAAAGCCGUGUCCUUUUGCAGGAAAUUGAGCGGGAAACCCGGAGAAGGCGCAAUAGUCGCAUCAGUAGAUUGAGCGAUCGACCCGUUUCUCAUCCGGAUAUUUCUGAUGUGUCGCCCGACGUCCUAGAGACCACUAUCGAAACUGUCUCGCCCCCAUCACCUGCCCAAGACGGACAAGAUGAGCCGUUCUGGCAACGGAUCACGCGCAAGGUCAUUCGCGAUUUGAUCGGGAUCGAUGACUCCUUGCUGUCAGUCAUCUUUGGCGAGUCAUUGCCGGCGUUGGAUGACGAUGCAAAGCGAUCGUCCACUGGCUCAGAUCAUGAUCUGAACAUGGACGAGGCGAUCAAACAGGAGCUGGACUCCUUCUCAGAUGACAACACCCUCUGGCAGAGCAAGCUCAUCCAGCGCAUUGCACACGAGCUAGGUGUCCUGGUCCACCAGUUAUGCGAACACCCAGGCGCGUUUACGACCUACCUUAACAUGACGAACGAGAUCCCAAAUCAGUACGCGGGUAUGCCUCUGGGUCGCUUGCCGGAAGAGGUCGAGCCCCAGCAACAGCCAACCUCUGUUGUACCCACGACCUCUGCCGAAGCCCCAAGCAAUGAUGAUUCGAUGCCUUCCCUGCAGUUCUCACCCACGCUGCGCGACCCCAACGGGCGGGAGCAUGCGGCGCAAUGGGGAAUCGAAGAUGAAGAUCUACCUAGCCGUCCGGGUUACCCUACGGAGCAACUAUCCGAAUCCGCGCGCCUGCAGCGCGAGAAAGAGUACUGGGAACGUGAGCUCGACGUCAUGAUGGUCUUCCGGUAUCUUCGGAACCGUUUCAGUCGCCGCAACAAUGGCGCUGAGGCUCAGUACUCUCCUUCGCGUCGAUCGUCUCAAGAUGCGUCCCGUCGCGCGGCGAUCAUCCGCCAGCACCACCCAUUGGUAGCGCGAGCCCACUCCCGCUCGCAGGCACAGGUGAGACGUCAGUCCCAGUAUUCUGCGACACACUCGGGUCCCACGGGGCUCUCGUCGCCGUUGCUGCGUCAGCAUUUCCGCCGCUCGAGUUCGAGUUGUGCAAGCCAGAGCGCCAAGUUGUCGGCGAUCUCUAGCCGUCGGACUCUCACCGGUUCCAGCCGAAACUACUGGGAUAUCGGGGGGAGUGUUGAUAGCGGAAGUGCCGUGGCGCCUGUGGGGGCUGGUCUGGGGACCUGGGGUGAUGUCUAG